AUUACAUGACACUUUGUUUGCUGAAGAUCAAAGGACAAUUCAGUAUUCAUAACGUAUGUACAAUGCUUACUGUGAAUUACACGUGUAACUUUCACACCUGCGUCUUCGCACCCACACUCCAGACACCCAAAGCAAAUGCUAAUCAACAUAGUCUGGUUUAUAAAUUACCUGCUGUCCACAGCUCUGGGAAAGUGGAUUGUAGAUUAAAUUUAGAAUACAGGCCUGGGAAACGCUGUCCAGGACUGUAUUCUAAAUUUAAUCUGCAAUCCACGUUCAGAUUGGUUGCUGAAGUGAUUAUUUGAUAUAUACCCUAAUUCCAGAAUAUGUCCCGACGAGGGAGGUCAUAGCUUCCCUUUGCAAACUUUGGAUGUGCCCUUGACUGGUUGCAUCAUCUCACCGCUCUCCCAUCUGGCAGAAGAUGCAAAUGUACCACCAGGCUCAGGAAAGAUCCUACCCCUCUGUUACCCCUUUACCCCCGAGUAUCGAAUGGUUCCCUAUUUAAAUAGGAUGGGUUUGAUUACUGUGUCUGACAACACCCGGUACGUUUGAUCCGCCCAUCUGUCAAUCAACCGGUCCUAGUUACACCCAUUCAGCCAUCCUAUUGGUUGGAUGGCAAGGUUGGGUUCACCGGGAACCCGGAUUGGCGAAUGCGCCUGCCCAUCAGAAACCAAGCGGGGGAGUUGUGAUGACGCCGCAUCUGAUCACGUGGGAGCUCGGUUCGGCCAACGGGCAGCGGCGGCGCCUGCUUCCCGAUUGCGCAGCCCGUCGGGUCGGUGUUUCCUGCCAGAUUCCCCCGAUCUUCACCGGUUCCCGUUGGCGACUCUUACCCCGGCGCCGGGUGGGAACCUGCAGCCGGGGACUGUCCACCGCGUCGGUGCCAGGGCGGGUGAUUUACUCUGGAGCGGGGCCCGUACUUCCGAGCAUGCGUAGUGUUGUCCGUUCUUUCGACGUCACGUGGUGCGGAGGGCUCUGGCUGAAAAGGUAUCAGAGACUGCUUUCUAUGUCCCUCUCACAACAGCAUCAUCGAGCCUAAGUGGAGAACCACAGCAGGCUAAACUGAGUCCAAGCGUUCACACCACGAUCUCACGAAGUGACUCAGGAGUGUCAGGACCUGACUGACAGCAGCAACAACCAAUGGAAGAAAACCCCAGUGACAUCCUUGUGGAGAUACCCGCUGCCGAGGGCAGCGAGGGCUUGCCGAGGAGCAGACCCGCCCGGGAGGGCCCGUUGCCCUGCACGCUGUGCGGGAAGGUGUUCGCCUACCAGUCCAUGCUGCGGCGCCACUGGCUGGCCCACACCGAGAUCCGGCCCUUCAGGUGCGACGACUGCGGCAAGGCCUUCAAAACCGGCCCGGACCGCUCACGGCACCAGCGCAUCCACACUGGCGAUACGAACUUCAUCUGCCCCGAGUGCGGCAAGGCCUUCAGCCACUCCUCGCACCUGCAGGCGCACCUGCGCACCCACACCGGCGAGCGGCCCUUCCCCUGCCCCGACUGCGGAAAAGCCUUCGGCCACUCCUCCCACCUGCAGAGGCACAGGCGCACCCACACCGGCGAGCGGCCCUACGCUUGUCCCGACUGUGGAAAGGCCUAUGGCCACUCGUCCCACCUGCAGAGGCACAGGCGCACCCACACUGGCGAGCGGCCCUUCACCUGCCCCGACUGCGGCAAGGCCUUCACCUACGACUCACACUUGCAGGUGCACCGGAGGAUCCACACCGGGGAGAAGCCCUACACCUGCACCUUCUGCGGGAAGAGCUUCGCCCGCUCCUCGCAGCUUCAAGCCCACCAGCGGACCCACACGGGGGAGAGGCCCUACGCCUGCCCCGACUGCGGCAAGAGCUUCAGCACGUCCUCCAUCCUGCUGCAGCACCGGCAGGUCCACACCGAGGAGCGGCCCUUCCCCUGCCCCGUCUGCGGCAAGGCCUUCAAAAGCCCCCUGAACCUGAAGCAGCACCACGUGAUCCACGCCGGGGAGAGGCAUUUCUACUGCGCCGUCUGCGGCAAGGCCUUCGCCCGGUACUCCAACCUGCGGACCCACCGGCGGGUGCACUCCGAUGAGACGAGCUUCGAGCAACUCAUCCACCUCAGCCCCUGCCCACCUAACUUCUGGGUAUCUGGUUGGGGACGUGAUGCAGCUGCAAAUGACGGAAUCGAAGGCGUUGCGGCCAAGUUUGCAGGUGACAGCGAGGCAGGCGGUGUUGAGGAAGCAGGAGCCUUGGACCGAUUGGGAGAGUGGGCGAAGAAGUACCGGGUGGAAUGCGGAGUAGGGACGUGGAUGGCCGUGCACUCUGAUGAUGCUCGGGCGGUAUUUGUACCCCCGUCGUCCACCCCUCCUGAUUGGACUCUGACCCACUGGGACCCGGCUGACGGCAGCAAACAACCAAUGGAAGGAAAGCCCAAUGACCUCCUCACAGAUGUACCUGCCUCCAAGGGGGGAGAGGGUGUGCAGAGAAGCUCAUCCCCAGGGGAUGGCCAGUCGCCUUGCUCGCUCUGCGGAAAGGUGUUUUCUGACCAGUCCACGCUGCGGCGCCACCGGCUGGCCCACACCGAGAUCGGGCCCUUCAGGUGCGACGACUGCGGCAGGGCCUUCCAGAACAGCCUGGACCACAUGUGGCACCGGCGCAUCCACACGGGUGAGAAGAGCGUCGCCUGCCCCGAGUGCGGCAAGGCCUUCAGCAGCUUCUCCUACCUGCAGGCGCACCUGCGCUGCCACACCGGCGAGCGGCCCUUCUCCUGCCCCGACUGUGGCAAGGCCUACGGCCACUCCUCCCACCUGGUAGUGCACCGGCGCACCCACACCGGCGAGCGCCCCUUCUCCUGCCCAGAAUGUGGCAAGGCCUUCACUCACUCCUCCCACCUAAAGGGCCACCGGCGCACCCACACCGGCGAGCGGCCCUUCUCCUGCCCCGACUGUGGCAAGGCCUUCACUCAGUCUUCCCAACUUGUGGAGCACCGGAGGGUUCACACUGGGGAGAAGCCCUUCACAUGCCCCUUCUGCGGGAAGAGCUUGGCUCGGUUGUCAGAGCUGCAGGCCCAUCAGCGCACCCACACGGGGGAGAAGCCCCACCCUUGCCCCGACUGCGGGAUGAGCUUUAGCACCACCUGCAGCCUGCGGCAGCACCGGCAGGUCCACACCGAGGAGCGGCCCUUCCCCUGCCCCGACUGCGGCAAGGCCUUCAAGGCACCCCGGAAUCUGAAGCAGCACCUGGUGAUCCACGCCGGGGAGAAGAACUUCUUCUGCACCAUCUGCGGCAAGGCCUUCAUCCGCUCCUACAACCUGCGGAGGCACCAGCGGGUUCACACCAAGGAAAGGAGGGCCUGUAUAUCAGAGGCCAAGCCAAUCAAUCGCGGGUAUCGUUCGGCGGGCGGGCGCCGGGAUCACGUGGAGCCUCGGUUCCGGCAACGUGCAGCGGCGAAAUCUGCUUUCCGGUUGCGCGGCCCAUCUGCCCGGUGUUUCCUCCCGGAUUCCGCCGAUCUUGACCGGUCCCUGCCGGCGACUCCAACCCCGCUGCCGAGUGGGACACUGCGGCCGGGAGCUGUCCACCGCCCAGGCCAAGCGUUCACACCAAGAUCCUGCAGAGUGACUCGGCAGGGCCAGGAUCUGACAAACAGCAGACGACGACCGAUGGAAGGAGAGCCCUGUGACGUCCUCAUGGACAUACCUGUCUCCGAGGGUGGCGAGGGUGUGCUGGGGGGAGCACCCUCUGGGGAGAACCUGUUGCCUUGCAUUUUAUGUGGGAAUGUGUUUCCUGACCAGUCCGUGCCACACCACAGCCGGCUGGCCCACAAUGAGAUCCGGCCCUUCAGGUGUGACGACUGCAGCAAGGCCUUGAAGAGCGGCCAGGACCUCUCUCGACUCCAGCGGAUCCACACGAGGGAGAAGAGUAUCACCUGCCCCGAGUGUGGCAAGGCCUUCAGCAGCUUCUCUCACCUGCAGGCGCACCUGCGCAGCCACACCGGCGAGCGGCCCUUCUCCUGCCCCGACUGUGGCAAGGCCUACGGCCACUCCUCCCACCUGGUAGUGCACCGGCGCACCCACACCGGCGAGCGCCCCUUCUCCUGCCUCGAGUGCGGCAAGAGCUUCAUUCGCUCCUCACACCUACUUCAGCACCGAAGGACCCACACCGGUGAGAGGCCUUUCUGCUGCCUCGACUGUGGCAAAGCCUUCGUCCAGUCAUCCCACCUCGUGCAGCACCGGAGAGUUCACACUGGGGAGAAGCCCUUCACCUGCCCCUUCUGCGGGAAGAGCUUUGCUGGGUUGUCAAAGCUCCAAAUCCAUCAGCGGUCCCACACGGGGGAGAGGCCCCACACUUGCCCCGACUGCGGGAUGAGCUUCAGUACCACCUGCACCUUGUGGCGGCACCAGCACGUCCACACCGAGGAGCGCCCCUACCCCUGCCCCGAGUGUGGCAAGGUCUUCAAAAGACCCCGGUACCUGAAGCAGCACCUCGUGAUCCACACCGGGGAGAGGAACUACUACUGCACCGUCUGCGGGAAGGCUUUCGUCCGCUAUUCCUACCUGUGGAGGCACCGGCAGGUUCACAACAAGGAGACAAGCUUCACCUGACUUGUUGCUCGUACCUGCUGGCACACCCACACCAGCGAGCGGCCCUUCUCCUGCCCCACGUGCAGCAGGGCCCUCAUCAACUCUUCCCUGGACUCCCAGGAGAUCCACACCGGGGAGAAGCCCCUCACCAACGCACUCACCGCCCCCCCAUGUAGGGAAGACGUGGUCUCGAUUCAGGGGGGAGGAGCUGCGCUUCCAACCCACCCUCGGGUGCUGUCGGCAUGUGUACCUCUGUUCUGGUUUUGUCAUCCAUUAGGGAUAGAAUCUCGGGCAGUUGGGGGUUGUUGACGGGGAUAUAAUGCAACUGUAACUGAGUUGCCCGUGGCAGAUGUGUGAACGCAGACGUGGACCUCUGGCAGUGAACUCUGUGGGGGGAGAGACAGGUCAGUGUAAAUAUAGUUGGUUCAGGCCCUUUGGCCCACAAUGCUGUACUAACACCUAAUCCCUUCUGCCUACACAACGUCUUCACAUCGGUGUGCCACCUUAAUGGUCUGAAACUCCUCCGUCGUACCCACCUCAGCAACACAUUGGCAGGAUAGCGAGGUACCCAUGACUGAAUAUGGAAGUGAAAAACAACUUGUUUCCCACAUCUCCCUUAAACUUACGGCCUCUCAGCUCAACUCCAAACCCUCUAGUCUGAGACGUGUCUCCCGGGUAAAAGGAUUCUGACUGUCUGCUCCAUCUGUCUUCCUCAAAAUCCUGUGAACUUCAAUCAGGUCCCCCUUCAGCCUCUGU